CAUGGAACGCUUGACGUGUACUUUCUACAUCUCCUUAGUUCCAACAAGCGGUUCGUCGAAGUAUGCUGUUUUGUCUUGGUGCUCUUGGAGACUGACUACUGAUUUUGUUAUAUAUUUUUUGGAGACGUGUUUCCGCUUAAAGAAAAUUAAUAGAAGGUGAUGUCGGGGGACAAAAAGACAGCGAUAAUUGCGGCGGUGGGAAUCUUCGUGUGCUAUUUCUAUUUCGGCAUUAUCCAGGAGAAAAUCACCCGUGGCAAGUACGGCGAUGAACUCCAAGAGGACGGAACACGAGGAGAACGAUUCACCUACGCGUUAGCACUGGUUGGGGUACAGUGCAUAUGUAACUGGUUCUUUGCUAAGGCAAUACUUAUCGCGAAACCGCAGAACAAUGACACUACACCAAAGGUGUACUAUGCGUCCAGCUCGUUAACAUAUCUACUGGCAAUGAUUAGUUCGAACAUGGCUCUGAGGUGGGUGGCUUACCCGAUGCAAGUAGUCGCAAAAUCUGCCAAACCCAUCCCUGUGAUGCUGUUGGGAGUUGUGUUCGGUAGAAAAUCGUACACUUUGCAGAAGUACAUGUUCGUUCUGCUGAUUGUAAUUGGAGUAGUGCUGUUUAUGUUCAAGGAAGGCAAAACAAGCAAUAGCCCGCUGGAGCAGGAAGGAUUAGGGCAGCUAUUGUUGAUCAUGAGUUUGAUAAUGGAUGGACUGAUCGGUGCCAUACAAGAACGUAUGCGCCAGCACAGUUCGCCAUCUGCUCAGCAUAUGAUGGUGGCGAUGAACGGGUGGAGCACACUGUUUGUCAUCCCUGCACUGUUGAUCACCGGAGAGGCUGUCGAGUUCGUUGCCUUCGCCACCAAGUAUCCUCAGAUGCUGGGUCAUCUGGCGACCCUCGCCCUGGCCGGCGCUCUUGGGCAGCUGUUCAUCUUCAUGAUGGUCUCAUCAUUCGGAGCACUAUCCUGUUCCGUCGUUACCACAACGCGGAAGUUCUUCACCGUACUGUGCUCGGUUUUGCUUUUUGGAAAUAGCCUGUCUAGUCGGCAGUGGCUAGGAGCCGUCCUGGUCUUCAGUGGGCUGUUUGCCGAUUUGUUCUAUGGUAAGAAAGGCUCUCCUGCAGGAAAAUCUCCGCCAAAGCCAAAAAGCAAGAGCGAGAGCGAAGGACUUGUUAAAUAAACCCACGGUCUACCAUUUUCAUUCCCUGCACAUGACUAAGCGAACUUAAGCCCUAACCCACGUUCAUUAUUGAAACAAAUGUACAAUAAGUAGUAAUUUAUAAUUGAUUGAAUUCGACCGUCUGUGUUAUAGGUUUACUUGAGCCGUAAAUACAGAGUAUUCAUUUAUUUAAAAUAAAUGAUAAUAAA